AUGUUAAUGUUUGAGUCUUCACUUUGUAUAUUUAUUUACUCUUUACAGGCAUGUGUUUCUAAUGAGGAUCAACUAAACUAAAUUAAACUUCUUGGCACCACCUCAAGUUUACUUCCACUGCAGUACCACCAGGGGGAACUAAAACGCCACCAAUCACUACAAGUAGUGUACUUAGAAUAAAACAUUUUUUUUAUGGGACAGUGUUUUUCUCAAGAUGGAAAUAAUAGAGUCACAGGAAACACAUUUCAAAGCAAUGUAAAAAAUAAAAAAAAUAAAAGAUGGUUUCCGGUUUAUAUCACCAUCACAUAGUUUACUCGGAUUGAUGCUUUUACCGGAUUGGGCGAAGGCAACAAAAAUAAUAAAAUAAAAACUGCAGCCACUCAUCCGCCCCUGUGAAAGAGAGAUGUGCCACCCGUGCUGCAGUUCCUCCACAGUCUUUAAUUUGAAGUCACUCCCACCAGAGCAUGUUCCCUCUGGCACAAGUGCGCACCGCAGACUGCUGUUCACAUCCAGCGGCUCAUUGAACAGCAGCACCUCAGUGGAUCCACCAAGGACUCAGCCUUCUGAAUGUGAAUACAGCUUUUGUUUCACUGUGUUUUUCUUUUUUUUCCUUGCUGAGCGCAAAAGUUGGCACCAGCGAGGAGCCGAGUGUGACUCUGAAUCAUGCCCAUUGCGCAGAAUCUCUGCUCACUUACGGUGAAUUUACAGGAGAGGAGCGCGUCUCCACCUCACUGGAUGCAGGACGCGCGCUGAAUGUUGUCGCAUGGUGUUUGUGCAGGAGGGAACCAAAGUUGCGUAAAGAGCCCGAUUCUGCUCAAGUAGCGACCAGCUGUCACCAACAAGGGGACUCGAACCAUGUCGGCCAUACGGAGGAAAUUUGGGGAGGACUACCAGGUGGUGAACACGAACCAAGGUAUGAGUUUCUCCGCCCCGGUGAAGAGGAAGAGGCAGCGGUUUGUGGAGAAGAACGGCCGCUGCAACGUCCAGCACGGUAACCUUGGCGGGGAGACCAGCCGGUACAUCUCCGACCUCUUCACCACGCUGGUGGAUCUCAAGUGGCGCUGGAACCUGCUCAUCUUCAUCCUCACCUACACGGUGGCGUGGCUCGUCAUGGCUUCCAUGUGGUGGGUGAUCGCCUACAUCCGCGGCGACCUGAGCCACGGCGGCCACAGCGACUCCUACAUGCCGUGCGUCGCCAACGUGUACAACUUUCCCUCCGCGUUCCUCUUCUUCAUCGAGACGGAGGCGACCAUCGGCUACGGCCACCGCUACAUCACGGAGAAGUGUCCGGAGGGGAUCAUCCUCUUCCUCUUCCAGUCGCUGCUGGGCUCCAUCGUGGACGCCUUCCUCAUCGGCUGCAUGUUCAUCAAGAUGUCGCAGCCGAAGAAGCGCGCCGAGACGCUGAUGUUCAGCCAGGACGCGGUGAUUUCGCAGCGGGACGGGAAGUUGUGCCUCAUGUUCCGAGUGGGGAACCUGCGGAACAGCCACAUGGUGUCCGCGCAGAUCAGGUGCAAACUCAUCAAGUCCCGUCAGACCCCAGAGGGCGAGUUCCUGCCGUUGGACCAGUGUGAGCUUGACGUGGGUUUUGGGACGGGGGCGGACCAGCUCUUCCUGGUGUCGCCACUUACCAUCUGCCACGAGAUCAACACCAAGAGCCCAUUCUUCGAUCUGUCGCAGCGCUCCCUCAUGAACGAGCAGUUUGAGAUUGUUGUCAUCCUCGAAGGCAUCGUGGAAACCACUGGUAUGACAUGCCAGGCGAGGACAUCUUACACUGAGGAUGAAGUCUUGUGGGGUCAUCGCUUCCUCCCCGUGAUGUCACUGGAGGAGGGCUUCUUCAGAGUCGACUACUCCCAGUUCCACAACACCUUUGAGGUUCCUACACCUCCCUAUAGCGUCAAAGAGCAGGAGGAGAAGUCGUCGCUGACGUCACCCAACCCUCUGGCCGUCGCACCCACCCCCUGCUCUCCUCCGCUGGGUAACGGUGCCCGCGGAGGCCGCAGGGAAAGGCUUCUGUCAGCCGACUAUGCAGAUCACGUAGAGGACCAAGCCACGAGGCUGCCCAGCAAACUGCAGCGCAUGAGCUCCACAAAGGAAGAAACCUUCUGGAGGGGGUUGAAGACAGGGGCAGCCUUGCCGGGGGGGAAGGCCUCCAGCACGGGAGACCUGCCGCUCAGUAUUCAGAGGCUGCGGUCCAGCUCCAUCCCGGUCGCAAGGCAAGCACAGCUGGAGGAGCAGGUACAGCUGUUGUCCUUGGAUGGAAACGCAGAGGAGGCUGAGCUGGAGAAACACAGACACGUAGCCAUUAGCACCAUCUCUGCUCCAACACCAGUCCAGAUCUCCAUGGCAGGGGGUCGGCCGGAGGACAACCUGCCCGCCAAACUGCGCAGAAUGAACGUUGACCGCUAACAUCUGUGGACUUCCUUUAAGACUUAAAGGCAUUGUAUAUAAAGACUAUUGUGAUAUAAUAUUUUUUUUCCUGCAAACCUGGUCCACUAAUUUAGGUUUAACUAAGUUGUCCAAACAGAAGGACAACACCAAUAAGCCAUCCAUCCGCUCAUACUGUGAGUCAUUUUUGAUAGAUCACCAUCUGUGCCCCCCUACUGACUUUUAACACUUCUGCUUGUGUGCUUGUUUCUUUCAUUUCUGUUCCCAGGGUUUGCAUUGAAGAUUUUCUUAUCAUCUCAAACAACUGUUAAACAAUCAAGCUCUAAAGGUGCAGUCGUAAAUAACAGGGAUUGUCCACUUAUAGCUCAACCAUAAGGCCUGGAAAGCUUUGGAGUUCUCCUAAAGCAGAGCACAUAGGGCCGUAGCUGGAGUAAUUUAGUAUUUAAACAGUUUCUAUUGCAGUGUCUUUCUUUUAACCUUUUGUUCAAUCAAAACCACAAGCGCUGAAGGGGGAGAUCGUUAGACAAAUGGUGUUAAGUUUGCCGAAUACUUUUUUCUCACACACAAAAAAAACAACAUAG